UAUGUUGAUUGAUAUCGUUAAAGGUCAAUCACAAGAGAGCCUGCUAAGCGGUGAGCCAAUCACAUGCCGAGGAUUCAGUUGUCGCUUUGUCGUCAGGAGUGUUUUGAUGCAUUUGGCAAAAAUGUUAGAAGGGACCUUUAGCUGUAGAAACAUCGCCAGAAGCGUGUAUUUAUGAAUGCUUUUCCAGGUCGGGACAAGGCGAAAUGGACGCCCCAGCCCCAUCACCCCAGACAGAUUUUUAGCGGUGACACCAGAAACUCGAGUCCGCCACAUCCUGGCCUCGCACAAUCCCGAGAAGUCAAACCGUGGCUGUCUUUGUUUUCUAUGACACACCAAAUUUAUGCCCAGCUAGAUUCGGUGGAAUCGCUCUUGGACGAUCUUCCAUAUAUGUUUUAUCUGGGCUUGUUCUUUGUGAACGUCUUGAUCCUCUACUAUGCCUUUCUGAUGGAGUACAUCGUCCUGAAUGUGGGGAUAGUAUUUCUGCCUGAGGACAUGGACCAGGCACUGGUGGACCUCGGGGUGCUGUCCGACCCUGCCUCUGUCCCUUAUGACACGGACACGGAGCUGGAUGUGUUUGAAGGCUAUCUUGAAUGACAAGGCCGUUCCGGAGGAAGAAAAAGACAUUUUUGGAGGAGGUGGUGGUGGUGGUGAUGCAGAGGUCCGGCGCAGGUUGGGUCAGCGUGAACACUCCCUGGUCAGUGAUGUGGGGAAAAAAUCCUUCCAAUCGGAUGCUGUUGUUGCCUUUCUGUCACACAGACACAUCGGUGAAAAAGUUGUCUCGGCUCAAAAGAAGGUAGCCUGAGGAAGACAUCCUGCACCGCCGGCUGCAUGAUGAGCGACUGUCCCAUGGAAAGAGCACUCUGUGCUGGAUCAGCUGUCAGUCAAUGUGUUGCCAGUCUAAUAGCAUUUGACUCUGGUUGGACACCAGUGGGGUCGCACUGACAUCUGUGUGCCUCACUGUGGACACAAUAGAAGAUAAAAAGGAAGCACAAUGUGCUGCAGGUGGAGAGAGAAAGCUGUUCCCUAUGGAAGAAAAAAAAAUAGAAUUAUAUCAGAGGUGUGGGGCAUGUUUCAGGUUGUCUCCAUUGCAGCCAGUUCAGAUACAGCAACCUGGCAUUUACACCCACCAGUUAUCCAGACUGUAAGAUCUCUGGUGGCUGACUGCAGAAGAAAAUGAAAUGAUACACUUGCCACUGCAGUCCCAGUGUGGUAAGACAUCUCAGAAGAACUGGCGAAGUGCAGGAAAACAAUGUGCACUGUAGGUCUGUUGCAAACUUAAUCACUCACAGAGCAAUUUGUUUAAUUUUUACGUUUUCAGAAAACAGAAUGCAUUGCUGCUUUGCAGGCUCACGCAUCCCAGAGGUGUGAUUUAAGGGAUAUACACACUCUCAGGAGCACAGUCAGGAACUUGCGAGAUAUAACACUGACACUGGACACAGGCUGUGAAACUAUAGGAUACAGGGGAGCCCUAAACUCUUAAAGCUCUCUUAUAAAUCAGGAACACCAUACUGCACUUGUCACACUCUUUCACUGUAAUGCAGAAAGUUUUUAAGUAUGUCUCGAUGUCACAUUAGAUAAUUGGGGUCUUUUGCAAAUUUAGUUUCCACUAGACAAUUAACAGUAAUAGAUUAGUUAUGACAGCAGGCCAAACGUGCCGAAAUUAUAUCAGUAUGAGUAAUGUCAAAGGCUCAAACCUCAUGCGGAAGAAAACCUCAAAAGAUAUUUGACAUGUUCAUUCUCUGUUUAUUGCAUACAUGUUUGUUGUUAUAAUUCUACAAAUGUGUGGUAGACACAUAGACAAGACUCAACGCAUGAUAUUGGUUGUGUUGGUUUUAUUUUUAGUUGUCAAAAUAUUCUUUAACGCACUUUCUUCUGUUUUUACUUUGUUAUGAACUUAGAAUUCAGUUCAUAAAAUGUGUAUUCUUGGCAGCAAUAAUAAACUGGAUUCAAGCAACGGGGCAAUUAAAUGGUUAAACAAAUGAUGUGUUGCAUAGAAUCAGGUAAUUAUACCAUCCGUCGGCUAGAUUUGGUUGUAGAUGGGUGGAAGAAAACCCUCGUGUCAGUAAAGGGACAGUUCACUUGAUUUACUAGAUAUUUGUAAGCCUUGAAAGUUCUGUACAUACUGUUGGUCUGUGAAGAGCACUUACAGCCCUGCUAAUUAACUACACAUUGAUUUACAUUGCAAUACAGAGGAACCAGUAUUUUCUCACAGCAUACUAUACCUGUCAACCAGAAUAAGCAACUUAUGCAUAAUAAUCAUUGCAUUAUGGUUGUUUUUCACCAAACAACCAAAGCUGUAGAGAUGAAAACCAUAUUGAAAUAUUUGUACUCACACUUUUCAUACUCUAAUCAAGCUUUAGUCCAAAAUUUCAUUGCCUGACCACCAGUGUUUUGAACAUUACGCUCCACCAGACAACCUUCACAAACAUGACUGUGCUCUAACUGUACUCAGUGCAUCUGCUCUGAUAUCAUUUCGAACAACAUUUUGCCGACUCGGCUUAAAUGCUUCACUAAACAUAGCCAGGUGAAUUAUCUGCUACCACAUAAUGUAAUGGUUUCAAAAGAAAAAAAAAGUGAAAUUCAAGAAGGUAAAAAAAAAAAAAAGACACUUAAACACAUUGAUUAUGCAGCACAGAUUUCAUCCAUCUGAAUCGUCCAUUAUCCAUUAAUCCAUGCAAGACUGUUUUUCCAAGAGUUGGUUCAACCGAUAUGGAUAACUGAUGGCUAAUAACCAAAUUCCUUCUUCAUUUUUUUUAUCAAGGCUGCCAUUAAGCAAUAUUUUAUGGUACAUUUACAAUGUUUGAAUUUGUUUGUGUAAAUCAGUAUGUCCAUAAUUCUAUUUUUGGCAAGGUAGAAAUUCCUCUGAAACAAGACCACAUGACUCUAAAGCUCAGGAUACUAAUGUUCUUCAAUAUCAAUAUAAAAAAAAAAACAUGCUUGUAUGAAAUCUGAUCAAAUAGUCAGAAUCAGGCAAGGGCUUCCAGUAGCUUAACAGUGAAUAGUUAAUACAAACUUGAGAAAGUGUGUAAUCGAUCUGCGUCAUGCUGGAAAUGGACGACGUUAACAGGCCGAUAUCUUAUUUUUUUAACGAAAGCUUAAUGUCAGCAGAUGAGUUUGGUAAUGCAAAAGCCACUCCCUGUACUGGGAAAUCAGUAGCAAGUGAGACUGUUUGUGCCAUUUCCCAGGCAUGAUGUCGCACUGCAUUGACCAGGCUCUGGUUAACACUCUGCUCACAGCAUCUUGAUUCAUUGAAAAGGACUGUGACAGAUCAUAGUCUUUGCUUGGUUUGUUGGGUGUCGUCAUCAUCAUCCUCAACAUAUAACCUUCACCUAGUUGCUUGUGUCCUCCCUCCACAUCUGCUGCUUUGCAGACAUGCAAAUGCUGUAAUAAGCUAUGGAUCGUAACAGAGUUUUAUUUUCCAAUGUGUCUAUUUAAUAAACUUUGAGCGAAUGCCAGUUUUUUGCCUCUUGA